AUGCCUCCCACGGAAAGGAAAAACAAUAUCGAUCUCUCGAUACAGCUCCUUCACCCAGACACGCCCCUCCACGGAGGCAGCGUCAUCCUCGGCCACAUUGUCCGCAAAUCGCACAUCGUCGCUGCCAACGCCACAGUUCGCGUCCGCCUCCUCGGGCGCGCGAAAGCGAAACUCGUCAUCUCCCGCGGCAAUAAUCAAAAGAGCUACUACCGCUCCCGCUUCAACUUCUGGUACGAGGGCGCCAUCACCGAUGUAGUCCACCAUGGACCGGUCCACGUCGCGCCCGGAGCCGAAGGGCAGCCUGUAUCCUGGCCUUUUGCCCUCGCGCUGCCUACGCAUACGGAUGCUCGGGCCGUGAAUGCCUGUGGUGGGGAUAGUGCCAAGGAGGCGUGCUUCUUGCGCCCCGGAUUUGGGACCCAAGUCGGCGCAGGGCUGCCUGAACAGCCGUUACCGGGGACCUUUUACUUCGACGGGUCCGGGUUCAACAAGAGCUGGCAUGGCUUUGUGGAGUAUUGGAUUGAGGCCGAGUUGACGGUGCAAGGAAAGAGUUCCGUCCUGAAGGCGGCGAUGCCUGUAAGGGUCUUCUCGUCUCCCGUGCCGUCGCCAAUGAUCAGCGACUUCAGGCUGGAGAGACGUAACAAGACUGGGUGUGUGAGCAGUCAGCGGUUGCUCCCAGGGAUGACGGACGCGGAGCUGUCUUUCAAGCAGAAGACGCAAAAGUUCUUUGGCUCAUCCAAAGUUCCUACCUUCCACUACACCCUCGAUGUGCAGUAUCCAACAGUGAUUCAGCUGGGCAACGAGUCGACCAUCCCGUUCCUGCUUCAUCUCACACCGUCCAAGGAUCGCACGUCGGAUAUCAUCGAGGACGUCCCGCAGACAGUGACGAUAGAGCAGAUGGAGCUGGAGCUACAGACGACGACAGGCAUCAUCUGCCCAGGAACACUCGACCCCCACGACGCUAGCAAGACGAGGAAACUCUGCCUAGCGCGACUAAAGCAUCUUUUUCAAGCCCCGGAUAGCAAAGUCGUCGUUCCAUCGGGUCCAAAGGAAGUCCCACUAGACCUCGGCGCCGUCCUGGACCUACGAGUUGACGCACUCGGACGGCUACUCCUCGGUCAAAGGAACGGCGCAGGUGCGUUUGGGCAGACGGUGCUACCAACGUUCGUGACGUAUUGCGUAAAGAUUGAGCACGUGUUACACUGGGAGGUGAAGUUGUCGGUGGCGGGGGAGACCUGGAAGUGUGAGGGAAAUCAGAAGUUGCUUGUUCUGGCGCCAGAUGAGGACACGGCGUGUGGGAGGACAAGGGCAUCUGCGGUUGCUUCUUCGUCGAGGGCGCAGCCGCCGCCUGCCGAACAGGUUCCGGCUUAUGAUGAGCCUAGCGCGGCGGCACCGGCAUACGAGAAGGUUUCGUGA